AUGCCCCCCUCGGUCCCAGACGGCGGCUGGGGCUGGAUGGUCGUCCUUGCUGGCUUCGUGCAGUCGGCCCUGGUCUUCGGGGUGAUCCGCUCCUUCGGGGUCUUCUUCGUGGAGUUCGUGGCCUAUUUCAGGGAAUCCUCGAGCACCGUCUCAUGGGUCGUGUCUCUCGGGGUCGCUGUCCUGCAGUUUGCAAGCCCGUUGGGCAGUGCUCUCAGUGCCCGGUUUGGGGCACGUCCCGUCGUGAUGGCCGGAGGUUGCCUCACCACGCUGGGACUACUGCUGGCAUCGUUCUCCGUCACCAUCGUCCAUCUUUACCUGAGCAUCGGCGUGGUCGCAGGGCUGGGCUGGGCCCUUGUGUUCACCCCUUCCAUGGCCACCGUGUCUCAUUACUUCGAGCGGCGCCGGACCCUUGCCAUGGGCUUGGCCGUUUCGGGGGCCGGCAUCUCCUCGCUGCUCCUGUCGCCCAUCUUCCAGUACCUGGUGGACUUGUAUGGCUGGCGAGGGGCGCUGCUGAUGGUGGCCGGGUUGUCGCUCAACCUGGUGGCCUCCGGUGCCCUGCUGCGCCCCUUGGCUUGGGAAAGAGGUCAAGCCUGGGCCGGUGAGGCGGGGGCUUCCAAGCGGCCGGGGGCGCAGGCCUCUCCCUUUGCUCUGGAGCUGCUCUCCCACGGACCCUUCAUGCGCUACGUCUUGGCUUUCGUCCUGAUCGACGCAGGCUACUUCGUGCCCUACGCACACUUGGUGGCCCACGCCAGGGAGGUGGGCUGCGACGAAUACCAAGCGGCCUUCAUCAUGGCCGUGGCCGCCAUGGCCGACAUGUGUGGACGCAUUUGUGCCGGCUGGCUCGCCGACUCCAGGGUCGUCUUCAGCCUCCUCCUCCACCACCUGACCCUUUGGACCAUCCUCACCGGGAUCUCGCUCACUCUGGUGCCCUUGGGGUACAGCUUCUCCUCGCUGCUGACCCUCGGGGUCUUCUACGGCUUCUUUGCCGGGGCUCUGGUCCCACUCCAGUUCACCAGCCUGGUGGAGAUCGUGGGUGCCGGAUACGUCCUUGGGGGCAUCGGACUCAUGCACAUGUUAGACAGCGUGGGGGCCUUGUUGGGGACCCCGUUUUCAGGUUGGUUGAGGGAUAUCACGGGGAAUUAUACAGCCUCCUUUAUUACAGCUGGAGCCUUCCUUCUAGCCGGUAGCUUCAUCCUUGUCACUUUGCCAAAUUACUUCUCCUGCCCAAGGCCGUCGAAAACCAAGGUGGAGAACACAAUAGGGUCACCGGACCACGAGUCAUUCGAAUUAAGGAUCUUGCCCUGCGGAGACCUUGACCAGCGUGAGCCGGGGACUGGUUAA